CAUAAAAUUUUAAGACUCGCGUUAGUCUGCGACUGCUGCGGUAGCGUCGACGGUCGUCGCUUAGAUUUCGUGCGCUUGUCUGUGCUUAUAAUAUACAAACAGCAUUGCCUUUGAACUAUAUUUUUUCCUUGAGUUCAGCGUUGACACCACUCGAGAAUAAACAUGGUUGCGCACACUGUACUUCUGGACUUUACUGUUCCAUCCAGUCAGGUUAUUGACAUGGAGAAAAGGGCCAAUCUCAAGGCAAACAUUACAAAUGUGCUCAAAGAGCACUUUGUUGGUUUGAAGCACUUGACAGAGUCAAAUGUUGAUGGUAGCCUAUUGAUUUUAUUUACGGGACCAAAAAGCAGCAUUAUCACUGUGCGUGGCUAUCCAGAGGGCUUGGUUACUGUCAAUAUUGAAUACUACAAGCAGGAUGAGGAGGAAGCUCUAUUGAAUUUUGAGCAAUGGCGUGACUUGGAAGUCGAUGUUGCCGAGGCUUUGAACAGCCAACGCAGUAAACGUUUACCACCAGUAAGGCGAGGAACCAUAUAUGAUCUCUAUCUGACCCUCUCAGAUGAAAGAUUGCUCGAGUACGACAUCGACAAGCUGGUGUUCGAGACGCGCUCGCCUUAUCAGAAAGUGCAGAUCGUCCACUCCAAGUCGCUCGGCAACAUGCUUAUUCUCGACGAGCUGCAAAACAUGUCGGAAGCGGAUCUUAUCUAUACGGAGACGCUUAUGCAGAGGGGCAAAGAGAACUACGAGGGUAAGGAAAUCGUGAUUUUGGGCGGUGGCGAUGGCGGCCUUCUCUGGGAAUUGCUCAAGGAGAAUCCUAAACACGUCACCAUGUUGGAGAUCGACGAUGUAGUGAUGAAAGCUUGCAGCCAGUACAUGAGAAGCGUUUGUGGAGAUUGCCUGGAUAAGAGAAAAACUCCCAAAUAUGAGAUCAUUGUUGGAGACUGCGUCAAAGCCUUGAGUCACAUGAUCGAAGAAGGACGUCAGUUCGAUUACGUUUUCGGAGAUCUUACGGACAUUCCAAUUAGUACAACACCCCAAGGAGAUGCUUGGGAUUUUAUAAGGCUUAUUUUGAACUCAUCCAUGAAGGUUUUGAAGCCUACUGGCAAAUACAUGACUCACGGUAACGGAGCUUCCUGUCCUGAGUCACUAAAGAUGUAUGAGGAUGUACUAUCAGAUCUGUCGAUGCCGGUAAAGUUCACCAAAGACAGCGCGUUCAUUCCAUCCUUCUUUGAAGACUGGAUUUUCUAUCAAGUCUCGCUUAAAUGAUGGAGUAGAAAGAAGCUAGACGCAAUGAGAAUUAUGGCAGACCGAAAUCACAUUACACCAACCUUCUUAUGACCCAAGCUAAUCUUUCGGUUCAAUGUAAUAUCAAACCUAUAUUCUGGUUCCUUUUCUGAUAUUAGAUAGCAUUUUCAUUCAGGGCAGAUUAGUUUCUAAAGCUUAUUUACAAAAACUGAUUGUAAAUAUCUUGCGAUCAUAGAAAAAACAUAACCAUGACUAGGGGGAGCUUUACUGCUUGGUAAUUCUUAAUUGCGAAAAUCAGUAUAUUCAUAAAAUGAUUAAAUCAUUUUCUUAAAUAGCUUAGACCGAAAAGUUAUACUUAUCAGCCCUUAUGUUCCAUAAAAUAGACGUCUUAAUGCCAAAGAGCAUUGUUAUUGUUGAAGCUACAUCGUUAACGUCAUUAUUAAAACUUUGCGUAUAAGUACAAGAUAAUUGAACGUGUCGUUAAAAUUGGAUUAUUGAUCUUGCUAUUUUACUCGCCUAAAUACUUUUUUCGUCUUAUACAAUUGUCGAUAGACAUAGUUAAAACGAAAUAUAGCGAUUCUAAAAUGGAAUUGAAUAACUAAGUUAGGUAUGAUUGUUAAUUGAAUAAUGUCAGGUAUGAAUGAUUUGUUACGAAGAGCCUGAUUCUCUGAUGCGAUUGCAAAAUAUGCGAUAAUUUUGUCAAACAUUGAAUCGCUUGAGAAUGCUUAAUAGAGGUAGCUUGUCAAGCUGGCAACAAUGCAAUCAGUUAAAAUAACAAAUGUAUUCUGUUAAACGAUGUCUACUCUUGUUAGUAUCAUUUAUUAUUAUAGUACUCUGCAUUGAAAUAGUAUUGAUGUGCCACAAAACAGUUUUAGUUAGAUCUGCUAAAACUACGAUGUACCAUCUAGAUUAUUCAGCAUACACCUCAAAAAGCUUUUAAAAACUUCUAAAUUCUUCUUUUGCUCUUAUAAGUUAGAGAAAUGUGUAUUUAAUGAACGGUUACCAAUUGCAAUGAAUUUUAUAUAAUAUUUUCAUAGGAAAAAACAAAAAGAAAAUAAGUCAAUAUUUCUUAUUUCUCAAAGAGAUUUCGUCACAUUAUUGUCGAAUAUGUUUCUAUCAAACAUUUAAAAUAGUUCAGUGCCAUAUUUCAAUUAUUUUCGUACACCGGUGAAUUGUCCAUUUCAGACUGCUCCAAUAGGCUGUUAUUUUUAUAAAACGCUAUUUUCUAUAGUACAAAAUAUUCGUAUACCUAUUUUUCCUUGAAUAACAAAAAAAAAGAACUUAUCGUACACUUAUUAUAUUUGUACUAAACGUGCAAAGUGUGUACGUUGAAAAAUUUAACCAUAAAUAAACAGUAAAGGGGGCAGUUUUAGAGAGCUUAACUAUACAAUGUAUU